UUAUCAAGGCCUUACAACUGUAAUCACUGGCUGGGCAAACAAAUCAAGUUUCUCGUAUCGGUGAACCUCGGUCUGCUGUAGGAGAUAUGGAACGUAGGCCUACUGUGUCCUUAUAAAUGUUCAGAAUAAGCCAGAACUAUUUAAUCUUAUCAACCCAAUGUCAGAUGGUAUCCCAGUAUCUGUCACCAUAGAGCCUUGUUGUCGUCUUUUUCGUAUCUACACCGAUGCACUGAGAACGAGUUUCUGGAUUGGAGACUGCACCUACCUUUGACCAGGACCUGAAACAAACCCCCUCUUUCUCGAAAGUCUACAGUAAACGAAGUGUCCUGGACUUCUGCUCCCCGCAUGAGACAUUUUCUUGGCUCCUUUUUCAUGCUAGAUAGGACUUGCAGCAAUUGAGGCAAUCAUGAUUAUCCCAAGGAUAAGCAGAAUGGCGGCGUAUCUUGUCGUCUGCCUGUUUGCGAUGAUGACGUCAGCCCAGAAUCAACCAAAGACCUUCACCUUUACACAGACGUCUGACGGUUUCAUGAUUAGCUUAUCGGGUGUUAAGGUAUUAGAACACUCUAGCCAGUCGCCCAUGCUAUACAUAGGACUCGGGGAGACAAAUAUCACCACUUUUCACGGCAAUUUCUACUUUAACGAAUACUUAAUAGAAAGAAGAGGUCUGGCGGCUUACGAGGUGAUGAGCCUCACUGAUAUCUCGGUGCAGAUUGGUUUUAAAGAAGUAGAAUCGCCGGCUUUACUGGCUGUCGUUACCAUUUCAAGACCCACAACAAGGUCAUUUUUAACAAUUGAAGCCACAGCUACAGCGCGCACUACUGACCGCAUGUGGCUUCGUAUUGCAGCGGAAAAAGACGAGCAUGUAUACGGCGGAGGAGAGCAGUUCAGCCAUUUUGAUCUGAGGGGACGUAGCUUCCCAAUAUGGACCAGAGAACAAGGUGUUGGAAGAAACAAAAGCACCCUCCUUACUUUCCUCGUCGACCAGUACAUGAAGGACGCUGGAGGUAACUACCACACCACAUACUUCCCGCAGUCAACUUUCUUCAGCUCUCGCAAAUUCUGGUGUCACGUGAACGGAAGUAACUACGUCGUCAUGGACUUCUCGCACGAGACCUUCCACGAGAUUGAAAUUCGGGACACGUCGUCGGCGAAAGUGCUCAUCAACACAAGCCCCAGCAUGUUGGAACUGGUUCAGAGUUUUACAGACUUCAAUGGAAGGCCUCCCCCGCUGCCAGACUGGAUCCAUAAUGGCGCCAUUUUGGGAGUGCAGGGCGGAACGCAAAAGAUGUUGGAUUAUUAUAAACAGGCCACGGCGUCUGGUCUUAAAGUGAGUGGACUGUGGAUACAAGACUGGGUAGGACGCCUGACCACAUCCUUUGGCGAUCGUCUCUUCUGGAACUGGAAGUGGAACCAGACGCUUUAUCCAAACCUGGACCAAGAAAUAAUCGCCCUCCGCAGGGACCACGACGUCCAUGUUCUCGGCUACAUUAACCCCAACAUGAACAUAGAGGGCGACAUGUACAAGGAGGCGGCUGGAAAGGGUUACGUGGUGAAGAACGCCCAGAACGGUCCUCUCCAAGUGAACUUUGGCGACUUUUUCUGUGGAAUCGUCGACCUGACCAACCCAGAAGCAUUUGAAUGGUAUAAAAGCGUCAUCAAAACCAACAUGAUCGGUAUUGGCUUGGAUGGGUGGAUGGCGGACUUUGGAGAAUACCUACCGACAGAUGGCGUUGUUCUCCACAAUGGCAUGUCGGGAAGGGAGGUCCACAACCUGUGGCCGGUGCUGUGGGCGAAGCUGAACAGGGAAGCCGUGGAGGAGGCGGGAAAGAUGGGACAAGUGGUGUACUUCAUGCGCGCAGGCGCAGCAGGCACCGCCAAGUACUCCACCCUGAUGUGGGCGGGGGACCAAAACGUGGACUUCAGUUACGCUGACGGUCUAGCCUCUACCAUCCCCGCCGCCCUCUCCAUGGGGGUGAGUGGCAUGGGUUUGACCCAUUUUGACGUGGGGGGUUACACGGCCAUCCCCCUCCCCCCACUGAACCUGGUCAGGACCAAGGAGUUGCUGUUGAGGUCCGCUGAGGCGGCGGUCUUCACGCCCGUGUUUAGGACGCAUGAAGGCAAUCAACCCAAGUUAUGUGCGCAGUUUUAUUCCGACCAAGACACACUCAACAAGUUUGCUCGUCUGACAAAGAUGUUUUCUGUACUGCAACAAUACACCAAACAACUCGUAAAUGAAGUCGUCACUUCUGGCACGCCUGCGCAGAGACCACUUUUCUUACAUUAUCCCGAUGAUGCGAGGGCAUACGAGAUUCAGUACCAGUACAUGUACGGUAGGGAUUUUAUAGUUGCACCUGUAUUUCUUGAAAACCAGUCACAGUGGAAUUUAUAUCUGCCUGCCGGUAAAUGGAUAUUCUUCUGGAAUGGAACGACGGUCACGGGACCAGCUGACGUCACAGUUGACGCACCAAUAGGACAAACGCCGGUUUUCUUUCGCUCCGAUUCAACAUGGACAAAUCUUUUCAAAACUGUCGCAGCAAUAAAGGAAGGCGAUGAAUGUAGUAGAGUGUCAACUGGAGAUGGUGAUUUGCAGACAUGUCGGCCUUAACAUUUUCGCUGUAGCCUUAGUACGACAAUUAACGAGUCCUCUCCCACUACACUACAUCACUUGAAAUUUUUAAUACAUGUACUUUUAUAAAUCCGUUUGACACAAAGAAGGAAAAGCUCUAGGUAAAACACAAUUAGGUUUUAUUACUUUCGACUUUUUAUAAUUGAAUAAGAGGGAAAAAAUUGGACCUAGCUUUAACUAAGUCAAUAAAUUCACUAGCACAUCCAAGCAUCUACAAUCAUAAUAACACCAUUGAUAAAUAUUUAAACGCG